AUGGAAACCGAAGAAGAAGAGAAUUCAAUAAAUCCUUCCAAUGGUUCUGUUGAACUCGAUAACGAAUCUAAUUUAACAACAACAAUAACAACGACAGAUACCGAGUCUGUGGCCGAGUUGCAUGAGUCGAACGAGUCACAACUCGGCAGUGCUGAUACCGAGUUAGUACAGCGACAACCACAACCGCCAGAAUCUCAAACUGAAACAACGGUUCUCGAUAAGAGCGAUGCUCAGGAUUUUGUUGUAGGCGAGUCUCAAUCAGUUUCUCCUCGACAGCUGGUGGUUGAGGGAGGCGAAGGUGAGGAGGUUGCUGAGGCUACAGAGGAGAGUGUGGAGAUUGUGGCACAGCAAGAGGUUGUCGAGAAAGAAGUGGAAAAAAGGGAUUCGGUUGCUAAAGAGGAGAGAAAUGAGGAUUUGAAUGGAAAUGCGAAUGCCGGAAACAAUGAAAGGGAGACCAAAACGGAUGGUGUUGCUGACGUGGCAGCGGAAUUAGAGACUGAGACAUUGAGUCAGGAAGUAGAGACAGUGGCGGCGGAAGUAAUUGAAGUGAAAGAGGAAUUGGCAGUGGCUGAGAAUACGGAGAAGAAUGAUGUAGCGGAGGAGAAAAAGGAGGAUGCUGACGUGUUGGACAAGGUGGAGAUGGUUAAUGAUGUGGAGGAAGCUGAAACAGCGACGGUAAAGGAAGAAGAAGACGGAGUGGAGAAGACGGAAAUAUCUGGUGUGGGGAAUGAAAUGGAGGCUGUGGAGCGGAGGGAAGUAACUGAAGUUGUGAAGGAAGGGAAAGUAGAUAAUACAGAAGUUGCCGAUGUGGCAGGGGAAAUGAAGGUUGUGGAGCAGAUUGAAAUGAAUGAGAUUGUGGAGGAAGAGAAGGUGGAGAAGAUGGAAGUUAAUGAGGAGGAGGAAAAGCAGUUAGCAGCGCCGGUUGAAAUGACUGACAUUGCAGAGGAAACCAGGAAGGAUGCGAAAAAUGAAAUGGCAGACAUUGCAGAGGAAAUGACUGUGGCAGAACAAAUAGAAACGACUGAUGUUGCAGGAGGGAUGGAGGAGGCUAUUAACAAGGAAGGGGAAACGACGGAGACAGAAAUGCUUGAUGUGGCAGAGGAAGCAGAUAAGGAAGAGGAUACAGAAGUGGAGAUGUUGGAGAAGGAGAAUGAAGGAGAGGAUAUGGCAGAUGAAAUGGAAGGGGCAGAAGAGGAAGUUGAGGAAGUGGGUACAAAUGGUGGCGGUGGUGGUAAGAGGAAGCGGGGAAAGAAUGCUAAAACUCCCUCUAGAGCAGCAUCGAAGAAGAAGAUGGAGGAAGAUGUCUGUUUCAUUUGCUUUGAUGGAGGUGAACUUGUGCUAUGCGAUCGCAGGGGUUGUCCUAAGGCUUAUCAUCCUUCCUGUGUUAAUCGAGAUGAGGCUUUCUUUCGUGCUAAAGGUCGAUGGAAUUGUGGUUUGAUGUACACAACAGCGAAGCUUGUCGGAGCAGACUUGUGUGAAGGGACAGAAGUUCUUGCCCGGCACACUGUUGGCAUCUGUGUAGCAACUGUGAGAAGAAUGCCUACUAUAUGUGCUAUACAUGUACCUUUUCCUUGUGCAAGGGAUGCAUUAAAGAUGCUGUCAUCUUAUGUGUAA